UGGGACCGGGCGCUGCCGCUCUGGGAGCUGCUGGACGAGGAUGAGACCAAUGAGACCAAGGCCAUGUUUGGUAUCUCCCUGGUGACGAAUGCCACUCUGAAACACUUUGGGGUGCGUUAUCUGAGGACAGCCAAGUCCCUCGUCUUCCCCUGGUUUAGUCCCCGCGAUGCGACCCUGAGGGGUGUGAAGCUUGUGAGGGUGGAGAAGAAGGGGGAUGCAAUAGCUUAUGUGGAAGAGACUUUGCCCCGCUUUGAUUCCUAUCACAAUCUCUUUGGGCUGCACCUAAUUGGCCAACGAGAUACAGAGCUGGUCUUAACUGGGUGGGAGCUAGACGCCCUGGCCCUGCACCAAUCUACAGGGGUGGCCAGCCUGGCCCUGCCGCGGGGGGCCACCUGCCUGCCCCCUGCCCUCCUCCCCUACCUGGAGCAGUUCAAGCGCAUCACACUGUGGCUGGGCGAAGACCUGCGCUCCUGGGAAGCUGCCAAACUCUUUGCCCGCAAGCUGAGCCUCAAGCGCUGCUCUCUGGUGCGCCCCAGUGACCUGCAGCCCCGGCCCUUGGAGGCUCUGAACCAGGGCCUGAACGUCACCAAGAUCCUGCGUGCCGCCCUGCCCGCCAGCCACAAAUCCAUCGUCUCCUUCCGGCAGCUGCGUGAGGAGGUGUUCGGGGAGCUGGUCAACACCGAACAGGUGGCCGGCAUCAAGUGGGCACGCUUCCCUGAGCUCAACAAGCUCCUCAAAGGGCACCGCAGAGGGGAGCUCACCAUCUUCACAGGCCCAACAGGCAGCGGGAAGACAACCUUUAUCAGUGAGUAUGCGCUGGAUCUGUGCAUGCAAGGCGUGUGCACGCUGUGGGGCAGCUUCGAGAUCAGCAACGUCCGCCUGGCCAAGAUCAUGCUAACGCAGUUUGCUGGCCGGCGCCUGGAGGACCAGCUGGAGCUGUACGAUGAGUGGGCAGACCGCUUUGAGGACCUCCAGCUCUACUUCAUGACCUUCCAUGGCCAGCAGAACAUCAAGACUGUGAUUGACACCAUGCAGCACGCUGUCUACAUGUACGACAUCACCCACGUGGUCGUCGACAACCUCCAGUUCAUGAUGGGACACGAGCACCUCUCUGUGGACAGGCUCGCUGCCCAGGACUACAUUGUUGGUGCCUUCCGCAAGUUUGCCACAGACAACACCUGCCACAUCACACUGAUCAUCCAUCCACGCAAGGAGGAUGAUGAUAAGGAGCUGCAGACCGCCUCCAUCUUUGGCUCUGCCAAGGCCAGCCAGGAGGCCGACAACGUCCUCAUCCUGCAGGACCGUAAGCUGGUGACGGGACCAGGGAGGCGAUACCUUCAAGUGUCCAAGAAUCGCUUCGAUGGGGAUGUGGGUGUCUUCCCCCUGGAGUUCAGCAAGGCCUCGCUCACCUUCUCGUCCUCUGGCAAAAAUAAGGUCAAGCUGAAGAAGAUGAAGGAGGAGAAGGCGCUUUUAGCCAAGAAAGCUCCAGAAGUAGACCUGGGAGCCUCCAAGAAGCCAUGAACCUGGCAGG